UGGCGGCGAGCGACCAGUUGUCUUUGGAUCAUAGCAUAGCUGCCGUCAAAUGUCAUUUUGCGUUAGACCCACAACAUUUCGGUUUGGCAACGAAGACUUCAACAUUUAUUUGCCUAAUAUGCAGCAUUCAUUGAUCGGACUGUGAUUGCCGAUUGUUGUUUCUGUCUACCGUACCUUAAUGUUUCAGUCGUUGAAUUAACUUUGGGCAGCAUUAGUCUCUUUUGGCGCUUCGAACUACAAAGACCGGUGAGCGCACGUGAAUCAAACUUCUAAUCUCCGCUCGUCCGAACAGCAUUUUGGCCAUGCAAUAAACGAACGGCGUAUUACAUAGGUUAAAACAGACACACACGCAAUUACAACGUUAGUCCGUUCUCGGAGUCAAAAUGUAUGUGGAAAUGUGCAAUAAAUAACGGAAAAUCAGCCGAACGUGUAACAAAACAAAAUACCACACAUUAGAGACAAACGAAAGUUGCAAAUACAAAAGUGUUCAAAUUAUUUUGGUGUAAACUUCAAACAAGUGCGUCUCACACAACCCCCCAACAACACACAGCCACACACUCUGUAAUUACGCUCGGGUGAAAGCGGACAAAAGACUUUUCAUUUCUUUGAACAUUAAAAUUUGAGUAACGUCUGUAGUGAAAAAAUGACUUCCGAUCUUCUACAUAUGGAGAAUCCAGUGUAUGCCAUCUUUGUGUUUCUGCUGGAUUUGGCGAUAUUUUCUCUUAAGUCUGUGUUCUACAUUUUAGAGUCGUUGUACUACACAUUAAUUCCUGAUCGAUUAAGGAAACUCAAGGAUGUCUCCAAUAAAGUGGUUUUAAUUACUGGAGGUGGCGGAGGAGUCGGAAGAUUAUUAGCAUUAAACUUUGCAAAACUGAGAGCCCGCGUUGUAAUAUGGGAUAUCAAUCAAGAAGCAAUCAAAACAACGGUCGAUCUUCUGGCCCGGAAUGGCUUUCAUAACUGCAAAGGUUACGUCGUCGAUAUAUCGGACCGUGACGAAGUCUACCAAAGAGCUGCUCAGACCAUUAAUGAUAUAGGCCAUGUCGAUAUAUUAGUGAAUAAUGCUGGUAUAGUGUGCUGCAAGCCAUUUUGGGAUCUGCCCGAUAGAGUCAUUCAGAACACGUACAAUAUUAAUGUCAUAUCCCACUACUGGACGGUUAAGGCUUUUCUGCCGCAUAUGAUUGAAAAUAAUAGUGGUCACAUAGUUACUGUGGGCUCAGUUACAGGCAUGUUAGGGACAUAUGGUUGCACUGACUAUAGUGCCACAAAAUACGCCUGUAUUGGUUUUCAUGAGAGUCUUCUUACCGAAUUGAAAACGCAUGGAUUUGACAACAUCUUCAUGACAUUGAUCUGCCCGUAUUACAUUAAUACAGGAAUGUUUUCCGGAGUUAAACCGCGAAUGAUACCCAUGCUGGAACCUCAGUAUGUCGCGGAUCAAAUUGUUGCAGCAACGCGAAAGAAUGAAGUUUGGUGUGUUCUACCAAAUUCUAUCAGAACAUUUACGCCACUUAAAUGCUUACUGCCUGCAAAAAUGUGCUGGGAACUAAUGUCACGCGUCGUUCGUGGUCCCGAGUCUAUGAUGAUGUUUAAGGGACGCGGUCGAGUCGCAGCAGGUUAAUAUUAUGGUUUGAUCAUAGUUUCUACGAAGAGUAUAACAUUCUUGUCGAUUGCAAACACUAGUGAGAUAAAUGUUUAGACCAAGCAUUUUUAAUACUUCAUUUUUUUCGAUAAAAAUUUAUUUAAAUUUAGGAUAAGAUCGACAAAUAAAUAAUAUUUUAGAUAUUAAA